AUGGCCGACGAUGGGAUGAUGCUCAAUUUUGAGCUUCCAUCCGGAGACUUUACUACACCGAAGCCGACGUUUCGAGGCGGAAGCUGGAAAGAUAGAUUGACCGCAAGGAAAUCCGCAGAAUAUGGGAGGAACAAAGCUGCUAAGGCGAGAAAUCCAGAGAACGAUGAUGAACCACAGGAAAGGCCAAGCAAACGACCAAAGACCGACAACACUGCACCGACAAAGACGUUACCAGGAGACUUCGUAUCAUCAUUGUUCACAUUCAAUCCUACCUCCAGCAUACCAAAAGAGCCAGCACCACCAGCAGAAGACGAUGAGCCGGUCGAAGCCUCGAACGCACCUCUCAACGAUGAGCUCGCAAAGUUCACAUCCCUCGGCCUGUCAGGUUCUCUCGUAGCCCAUCUCCUCAAGAAACUCGAAAUCAAAGCUCCAACAGCCAUUCAACGCAAAGCCAUAAAGCAGCUCGUAGACCAUGACACCGAUGCCUUCAUCCAAGCACAAACCGGUUCCGGAAAGACUCUAGCAUACCUCCUACCCAUCGUAGAGAGGAUCAUGACCAUUUCGAAACAAAUGAAGGACUCGGGAGAGAACUUCAGUCGACACUCGGGACUUUUCGCACUGAUUCUGGCGCCGACGAGAGAGUUGAGUAAGCAGAUCAGCACGGUGUUGGAGGGUGUACUGUCGUGCUGUCAUUGGAUCGUGGCGGGUACGGUGAUCGGAGGGGAGCAGAAACAGCGUGAGAAGGCGAGGCUGAGGAAAGGGUUGAAUAUACUAGUGGCUACACCUGGACGAUUGGCUGAUCAUAUGAACAACACGGAAGUUCUGGAUUUGAGCAAUGUGAGGUGGUUGGUGCUGGAUGAAGGUGAUCGGCUGAUGGAGUUGGGCUUCGAGCAGGACAUUCAGAAGAUUAUCAGUACGUUGAAUUUGAGGUCGAGGAAAGUGCAGGAGAAGGCCGUACCCGGGCUGCCGGAGAGGAGGACGACGGUGCUGUGUUCGGCUACGAUCAAGUCGACUGUCGAGCAGUUGAGAGCGAUCUCAUUGAAGGACCCAGUGUCGAUCUCUGUUGAUUCUGCCGACCGGAACGAUCAGGACGACACCGUCGAAGAGAACAACUUCUCGGCACCCGCCCAGCUGAAGCAAAGCUACGCCGUGGUUCCGGCUAAACAACGCCUCGUCACGCUCGUCGCCAGCCUCAAACAGACCUUCAAACGCAAAGGCAGCGUUAUGAAAUGCAUCGUCUUCAUCAGCUGCGCCGACAGCGUAGACUUCCACUUCGAACUCCUCACCCGGCCCGCCAAAAACGCCAAACCCGACUCCUCCUCCACCACCGACACCGACGCAGAUCCCCUCGCCGACAUCGGCACCGCUCCCAAGCCUGGCAAAACCAACCGCACAAACCACAUCCAUCAAGGCAACACCAUCUCCGAAACCCGCACCUCCGGGCCCUCCACCAUCCUCUCGUCUCCCUCAAAUCCUCUGACAGUUUACCGUCUCCACGGCUCCCUCCAACAAUCCACCCGUACCUCAACCCUCAAAGCCUUCUCCGACACCACCUCUCCCGCCAUCCUCAUCUGCACCGACGUCGCAGCCCGCGGUCUCGAUCUCCCCAACGUCGACCUAGUAAUCGAAUACGACCCUCCCUUCAGCAAAGACGACCACCUCCACCGCAUCGGUCGCACAGCCCGCGCAGGACGCGAGGGUCGAGCAAUGAUAUUCCUACAACCCGGAGCCGAGGAAGGCUACAUCGACAUCCUCAAAGAAUCCCGCCCCCGAAACCUCACCCGCCACGACGCCUCCGAACUCCUCAAAAAAGGCUUCGCCGCCUCCUCCGGCGUGGUCAACUCCCGCGACUGGGAAACCAAAGCCACAGACUUCCAACUCGAUAUUGAGCGCUGGGCGUUGGAACACCCGAAACAUCUCGAACAAGCACGGCGAGCGUAUCAGAGUCAUAUUAGGGCUUAUGCGACGCAUGUUGCGAGUGAGAGGGCGAUUUUUAAUAUGCAGGAAUUGCAUUUGGGACAUCUUGCUAAGGCGUUUGCGUUGAGGGAUCGGCCGGGGAGUAUUCGUGUGCCGGGGUUGAGGCCGGGGAAGGAGGAGGGCAAGAAGACGAAAGCGGCGAGGAAGGCGAGUGCUGGGAAGUCUUCUUCUGGGGACAAGAGGUCGAAGGGAGGAGAUGACGAUGAUGGUGGAGAGGUGGAUGCGGCGGAGGCGAGGAGGAAGAUGGUGGCUAUGGCGAAGGGCAUGGGUGGUGCUUCGGAGUUUAACUUGGGAUAG